AUGGGGGUCCCGAAGGAGACGGCGCCGUGGCCCACAGCGCCGCCUGCUGGCCGUGAUCGCGCACUCCGCGCGGCUCCAGCUCCAGGCUUCUCUCCGUGCGGGGUCCGGGGCCGCGGCUCGGGGCUGCGGGGCCCGAGGGAGGCGAAGAUGUUCUACGCGCACUUUGUGCUGAGUAAGCGCGGGCCCCUGGCCAAGAUCUGGCUCGCCGCUCACUGGGACAAGAAGCUGACCAAGGCGCACGUGUUCGAGUGCAACCUUGAGAGCAGCAUCGAGAGCAUCAUCUCCCCCAAGGUGAAGAUGGCGCUCCGUACCUCGGGGCACCUCUUGCUGGGCGUCGUGAGGAUCUACAGCCGCAAGGCCAAGUAUCUGUUGGCCGACUGCAACGAGGCCUUCCUCAAGAUCAAGAUGGCCUUCAGACCAGGAGUGGUCGACCUGCCGGAGGAGAACAGGGAGGCUGCCUACAACGCCAUUACUCUCCCCGAGGAGUUCCACGACUUCGACCAGCCACUCCCCGACCUGGGGGACUUGGACAUCGCGCACCAGUUCACAAUGAACCAGAGUCGGGCGGAGGAGAUCACGAUGCGCGAGGAGGUCGGCAACAUCACCAUCAUCCAGGACGACGGCUUCGGAGACUUUGGAGUGGACGAGCGGGAGAUGAUGCGCGAGGGGGGUGCCGCCUUCGAGGUGGACAUCCUGUCGGCGAGCGCGGACUUCCUGCUGGACCCCGAGCGGGGGACGGGGUCCCCGGGGCGGGGGGCCGAGCCCCCGGCGCGGGCGGAGGGGGCCCCCUCGUUCGAGGGGCCCCCCCGAGACGAUUCGCUCGGGGAGGGCGGAGGCAGCGGGGGAAUCCUGGACGAUAAUCUUCUGCGUGGGGACGGGGGUGGGAUUUUCGACGACCCGCCGGCUCUCCCCGAUGGGGACGUGGAUCUGCCCGAGGACCCCGGCCACGAGGACAUCUCGAGCGACGGAUCCCCCGGCGGGCCCCCUGACAGUCCGGGUUCCAUGGGGGACGUGGAGCCACUGCUGCCGGUCGCCGCUCAGCAAACGGCGCUGGAUGCGAGCGAGACGGACGCCUUCGCCCUGGAGCCCAUCGACGUGACGGUGAACGUGACAAAGGCGAAGCGCAAGAGGAAGCUGAUCGUGGACAGCGUGAAGGAGCUGGACAGCAAGACAAUCCGCGCGCAGCUCAGCGACUACUCGGACAUCGUGACGUCGCUCGACCUCGCACCGCCCACCAAGAAGCUGAUGCUAUGGAAGGAGACGGGCGGUGUGGACAAGCUGUACUCGCUGCCCGCACAGCCCCUCUGGAGCAGCCGCCUCCUGCGGCUGUUCACGCGCUGCCUGGUCCCCGUGGUCCCCGAGGAGCUACGCCGGCGGCAGUGGAAGGGGGGGGAGGCGGACAGCCUCCACGACUUUCUGCGCGAGUGCGACCUGCCCGAUGUGCCGGCCCCCGACAAGCCUCACACGGUCCAGGCCGCGGCGGACGGGGCGACUCUGCCUCGCGAGGAGCCGGCCCCCCCGAGGGAUGGGGAUCCCCCGCUUGGGGAUGGUGCCCCCCCUCCGGGAGAUGCUCCCCCAACGGAGGCGGACGGGGCCCCCCCCCCAACGGAGGCGGCCCCCGUGGAGGCGGCCCCCGGGGAGGCGGCUGCGGCCCCGGACGGGCCCUCGGCGCGGGGCGAGGCCCCGUCGCGGCUGCCCACAGAGGCCGUGAUCGAUGCGGGGGAGGGGCAGGGGGAGGCGCCGCCACCAGGCGCGGUGGCCCCCCUCGAGGUCCCACCCCUGGAUGAGGCGACGUCGGCGGCGGCCGAGGGAGCGACGGCCGCCGCCCCCCCGCCGCCGGCCCCCGGCGAGUCCGGCGAUGCUGCUGCGGCUCCAGAGGAGGCGGCGGGGCCCCCCGCGGAGGGGGCUCAGGAGGAGGAGCGCAAGGAGAAGGUCCAGGAGGAGGAGGAAGAGGAGGAGCUCCUGGGAGCUGAGACCCAGGAGCAGGAGGAGAAGAGGCUCAACAAAAGGACCCAGCAGCUCCUCUACACCCUGCAGCGAGCGAUGGCGAGGUCCGGCGCCGCCUCGGUGCAGCUGCUGGAGCUUUGCGGCCACGGCUCGCGCAAGCAGGCGGCCACGCGCUUCUACAGCCUGCUCGUGCUCAAGAAGCAGCAGGCCGUGCAGCUGCAGCAGGGCUGCCCCUUCGGGGACAUCGCCGUCUCGCCGGGGCCCAACUUCCACCUCGUCAUCUAAGCCAGGGCCCCCAGGGGCCCCGGUGACGUGGGUUCCGUCUCACUCGGCACGGAGGGCCCGCUGUGUGGCGAGGUGAUGGAGGGGUGACGA